AUGACUGUGGCAGCUACUGGCGAGAAAAUAGAACAGCUUUCCGCUUAUGUAUCAAAAGUAUACAUAUUCAUUGGCAUUUUUAUGAGUUUAGAAUGUCCCACUGCAGGACUGGGAGAUGGCUAUGUUAAGGUUUGGCAAUUGAAGAAAAAAGAAGCCAGAGCUUAUAAACCAACCAACUUCUAAAUUAAGUAGCAGGUUACUUGUGUCGGCUACAACUCAACUUUUGAUUUGAUUGGUGCUUCGACAAAUUAAGGUUAUAUUAACGUAUUCGCAAACAAUAAAAAUCAAACUACCAAUACAACGACUGCGCAAAAUGAAAUAAGCUUCUUUAAAUCAAGCGAUGCUUACAUCAAUCAGUUUAAAUUCUCCCCUCUAAUGGAGUCAAUAUUUGCUACUGCGUAGGAAGAUGGAAUUAUUUCUCUUUAUGAUAUAAAUAAUGGAAACAAUCCAACUACAUAGUUCACUACUCAUAAAACUGGAGUCAGGGGCAUUGCAUUUUCUCCACUUAAUAAAUUACUACUUUCAUCAGUUUCUUUAGAUAAGUAGAUUAUUUUCUAUGAUAUAACAAAAAAUAAAAAGGUAAGUGCUAUAGUAACUCCAGAACCCUUGCAAUGCAUUAGUUUUAACUCUGAUGGGCAUACAGUAGCAGUUGGAGCUAUCAACAGUGGAAAUAUACAUGUAUAUGAUUUAAGGAAUCAGAGUUAGGUAUUAGUAACUCUUUAAGGUCAUUCAUCGACAGUGAAUUCAGUAUCAUUUAGAUGGGCUGAAAACUAAAAGCCAGUUGUCGCUAGUUAAAAAGGCGAAGUUAUAGUAAAUAUUUCAACCGGCUAAGGUUCAACAACUAGUAGCAAUCAUCCCAAGAGUAAUAUAGUUAGUCCGAAAUAAGGCAAUAAUAAUAUGAUUGAUAAGCCAAUAAUGAAUUCUAGCAGUACUACAACAUAGUUCAAGACAAUGGACUAGAUUAGGGAAGAGGCUAAGAAAAAUGUUGAGCUUAAAAAAUAACAAAAAGAGUAGUAGAGACUGAUAAUGUAAAAAUAAUUAGAAAACGAUACUUAAAUGACAGAAAUAUAAAGGGACAAAAGCAGUGACGUACCAAAAUCAAACGUUAACCAAUUGAUAACUGAGUAGGCAGUUGGUAGAUUAAAGAUGGAAGUUAAUAAAAGCCCAACAGCCUAGUAAAAUGCAACCUUAAUUAAUCAACUUAAGUAAAAUAUUCCCUCUUAUUAACCUAAGCUGGGGAUGAAUAUUUAAGUUGAAGAUGUUGAAAUGAAAGAAGAGUUUAAUCUGAGGAUAAAGGAUAGAUAAGAGAGCAAAAAAGAAGAAAAUGAAGACUUUCAAAAGGAAAUGCAACUUUAAGAUAAAUAAAAAACAGAAAUAGAUUAGAUUAUACAGAGCAAGUUUGAUUAGCUGAGAUAUGAAGUCAAUGGCAUGCUUAAUAAUUUCCAAAUUGAAAUCAUUAGACAAUUUGAACUACAAAGGAAUUAAGUAGAUGCUGUUGUAUCUGAAUACUUUAUAGAUAAUGACGGAGAUGAAAGUGAAGAGGAUGAGGUAUUUGCCUUAGAGUUGGAAAGAAAAUAUCUAAGAUAAGAUGAUGAUGAAGAUGACGAGGAAUUCAGUAAUCAAUAUCUUCAAUGA